UCACCCUCCCAUUUCACCUAAGAAGUUGGCUGCUUCUUUUCCCCAGAGAAGAGAACGCAACAUUGCCAACACAACAACGACAACAAUAAGAGCACCCGAUGGGAUGUGUUUUGUUUUAGUUCUCCAUUUGUUGAAACCAAAAAGCCUUACUUGCCAAAAAAAAACAGAGAGAGAGAGAGAGAGAUUGACCAAACACAUUACCUUGUGGCCGAGAGAGUUUUAGGCUUGGCCUUUGGGUGUUUUUUGUGCGCUCUCUCUUUUUGAGUAACUUUGUUGUCUAUGUUCUCUUUCUUUCUCUCUCUCUUUGCUAUAAAAGGAUUGAGAAAGAAGAGAAAUAGAAAGGAGUUGGAGUAUAUUCUAUUUUGAGAUUUGGAAUUUGAGAAAGAUUAGUUUAUGGGAUUCUGCUAUUUUUUUUGCAGUUGAAUAAGUUAGAAAGGUUUUGGUAAGCAGAGGGAAGUACCAAACCAAUACCAAAAAUAAAGCUUUUUUGUAUUUUGAUAGGAUAGAAGGACCAGAUAAGGUAAUUUCUAGGAUUUUUAGCAAUUGGGUAUGUCUUGAAUUGCAAUCCUUUAAAAGAAAAAGAGAUUGUUACACAAACACUGAUUACAAAGUUUGGUCCAUACGAAGAAAAGGGAUUACAAUAAUAGAUUUCUUGGGCUUGUGCAACAUAUAAAGAAGGCAAAAGGAGAAGUGGGUUAUUGUUUUAACUGAGAUUUCAAACGUAAAAGGUGUUUCUUUGUUGAAUAAAAUCACUUUGGUCAUCUACUGAGAAAAAUAAAAAGGGUACAAUGGAUUUCUGGCCAGAGCUUCUUGCAAACAGUUGGGGUAGAGAAUUUGUGGCUGGUGGCUUUGGAGGUAUUGCUGGUAUAAUCUCUGGUUAUCCGCUUGACACUCUCCGAGUCCGGCAACAGCAGUCUUCGAAAGCAGGUUCGGCCAUCAGCAUCCUGCGCAAUGUGAUGGCCACAGAAGGCCCUUCUGCUCUCUACAGAGGCAUGGCUGCACCAUUAGCUUCUGUCACCUUUCAGAAUGCUAUGGUUUUCCAGAUCUAUGCUGUCCUCUCUCGGGCAUUUGACUCAUCUGUUUCAGCUAAGGAUCCUCCUUCCUACCAAGGCGUUGCUCUAGGAGGAUUUGGUACUGGUGCUGUUCAGAGCCUAAUUCUCACUCCAGUAGAACUAGUAAAAAUCCGGCUUCAAUUGCAGAACAAUAGCUACACAAAACUACAUCAGGCAGAUCCUUACAAAGGACCUGUGAGUGUUGUGAAAAACAUAUUCAAAACAGAAGGUUUAAAGGGAAUGUACCGAGGUUUAACCAUAACAUUGCUAAGGGAUGCACCUGCUCAUGGCUUCUACUUCUACACAUAUGAGUAUAUGAGGGAGCAGCUUCACCCUGGCUGUAGAAAGAGUGGCCAAGAAAGCCUCAACACAAUGUUAGUAGCAGGAGGGCUAGCAGGAGUUGCCAGCUGGGUUUCCUGCUACCCUUUAGAUGUUGUAAAGACCAGACUACAGGCACAAUCACUCUCAUCUCUACAGCAAUAUACUGGCAUUGUUGAUUGCUUCCGCAGGAUUGUCAAAGACGAAGGAUAUCAUGUGCUUUGGCGAGGAUUAGGAACUGCUGUUGCUAGGGCAUUUGUGGUGAAUGGGGCUAUAUUCUCUUCUUAUGAGAUAGCUCUGAGGUGCCUAUUCAACAAUGGAAGCAUUCAAACGGAGAAUGCAAUUUAGGAAGUACUUUCCAGCAAAGAGGCUCAACUUAUGGCAGUCUCUCUCUGGUAAUAUCUCUUUUGGCAAAGGCCAUUACAACAAUGUAAAUCUUGUAUGAUAGAUACAUCAUCAUUGUUGAAGCAAUGCUUUAUGUACUUUUAAGAGAUAACCAACAUUUAAACUGAAAAAUUGCAAUGUAGAAUAAAUGGAUGUGCUUCUGUAAAGCAAAGCAUCUACGCAAUGAAAGACUAGACAGAAGGAAAUUUCUUUUAAACCAACUAGACAUUUCAAAUGAC